GCUUGUUUAUGGAGUAAGUAGCGUAUAUGGCUGUAAAUUCAAACCAAUGCUGAAACAUGUUUUUAAGUUUACUUCUCAGCCAAGAUCCAAGGCUACACAGCUGAUUGUUACGCAGCAGGUGCAAAGAGUGGCAGACAUAAAUUUUUUUUUUAAAUGCUGUUACUGGAAAUUCGCGGUAUGAAAUAGUAAAUGACGACCGAAGUUAAAAUAGGGCGAGGUUGUUUGACUUUAAGAAUUUGAGGGUUUGUCGAAAAGUAGCUAUGGAACCAAGUAGUGAGCUAAUUCAAGAGCUAAGAACCAAGUUCUUUCAAAAAUUAGAAAAUGAUGGUGCUCCAGAUCCAGGUGGCUUCCAUCCAGCAGAUUUGGCUCGUGCCAAGAACAGUGAUGACUGGCUGCGACGCUUCCUCAUGCACCACGAGUGCAAUGUCAAUGAAGCUUUGCAAAUGCUUUGGGAGUGUGUUGAAUGGCGGAAAAAAUUUGGCACAAACGAAAUCACUGAGAAUAACAUCAGAAUGGAUUAUGUGAACGAAGGGAGUUUGUUCGUUCAUAACCGAGACAAAGAUGGAAGUAAUCUCCUUAUUUUCAAAAGUAAGAAACAUGUGAAAGGCCAGAAGGACAUGGAUGAACUGAAGAGAGUAGUAGUAUAUUGGUUUGAAAGGCUGGAAAGGUUAGACAAUGGGAAACCAAUAUCAUUAUUUUUCGAUAUGUCAGACACAGGAAUGUCGAACAUGGAUAUGGAAUUCAUCAAAUACUUGAUUGGUUUAUUCAGUCAAUACUAUCCAUAUUUCCUGUCUUAUAUUAUAAUUUUUGAUAUGCCCUGGAUUCUAAAUGCGGCAUUCAAAAUAAUCAAGACUUGGUUGCCUGCUAAGGCCGUGCAGAAGAUAAAGUUUCUCAACAAAACCACCCUUAAGGAGUAUGUGGAGCCCGACCAAGCACUCAGGUGCUGGGGUGGUAACGAUGACUACGUGUUCACCUUCGUUCCGGAGCAGUUGGCGCUACCUGUUGACAGGGCCGAUGACAGCAGGAAGAAGGUUCAUUUUGCUGAUGGCUCACCAAUGACAGAAUCAUUUCCUGGAGGUUUUUCGGAAGGGCAACUGUCGAAGGACAGCAGCCAGUCAGGAAAUUCCUCUCUGAGCAUUGUUCCUCCUGACGUCAUAAACUUUGCUAAUCAAGGCGCUGAACUAACUGGAACCAUCUCGCUCACAAAUACAGCUGAGACAAUAAUUUCCUACAAGAUCAAAACCACGUCGCCGGAGAAGUUUCGCGUGCGCCCGAGCACCGGGACCCUAGCGCCAGGCCGUUCAGUUUCCAUCAACGUGGUCCUCCAGCCGGGCUACCAGCUCCCGGCUCUGUCCAGGGACAAGUUCCUCAUCAUGAGCUUGCCUGUCGAGUCCCAAGACAUGACCCCUCAGGAGGUGACAGAUCUGUGGAAGCAGACGAACGGGAAAACCUUAGAGCAGCACCGACUCCGCUGCAGUGUGGGAGGGGCCACGGGAGACGGUCAGCUGCGGAAUGGCACUGCUUUCAUUUCUCAGCCACAUUUGGAUACUGACAAGCAGAUAGCACAAAUAUUGUCGCAGGUUCGUCAACUAAAUGAAAACCACCAAAGCCUCCAUGCAGACUUGCGACGCACACAAACGCUGCAGUGGUUGUCAAUGUUUUUAAUUGCGAUGGUAGGCUUUGUGAUUAUUUACACCACUGGUGAUAGCGACCCAAAUGCAGAUAAAUCAUCAUGCUUGUUACCAUAACAAUUACUGGAAAAACUUACAAUUGUUUUGCUUCAGGUGGUUCAGCUGUGUGAAACACUAGUGAGUACAGUGCUGGAAUAUUUUUAAACAUGACAGAAAGUAAUACCUUCCCAAAAUAUUCAAGAGUAACAGUUAUUGUUCAUAUAAUAGUUAUAAUCAAGAACUCUAUAGCUGAAGUUAAGUUUCCCAAUGAAAAAAAAAUAUUUUACAUUAAUUAAAAACUUAGUAUAUUACUAUAUUCAUAUAACAGACUAAUGAGCCAGGUUUUUCAUAUUAAUUUUAAGUCAGUUGUACUAUUGAAAUGUGUAUGUAUGUAUGUAUAUAAAUAUCUAUUUUUGUAUGAAAAUCAAAAUUUCGGAGAAUUAGAGAUCAGAACUUGAAGCAUAAGUAAUAUACUGGUUUUCUGUUGGUAUGGAAGUGUGUAACAUGGACAUGGCAUUGUGUUAAUCAAAUACAUAUGUACAGAUUUUGGUUAGCUUCAUGUGUAUGUCUUUUACAUUUUGCUCUGCAGGCAUAGCUUUUGUGGAAAUUUUGUACAUUCAAGAUAAAAAUUAGAUUUUUUUUUAUUGGUAUGUGUAUAAAUGUAUUUUUUUUAAAAAUAUUUUGUAUAAUUGAUAUGUGUGUACUUAUUAGUAUUACCAUUGGAAAAUGAACUGUUCAUUAGUUAUAAUCAUAUAUCUGUUAUUUACAUGAGCAAUGAGAAUUUCUAAUUUCUAUUAGUGUUGAUAGUGGUAUUUGUUGCUAUUGUAAAAAUUUAACUGUUCCUUUUGCAUUUUGUUGGAAUUCUAAUACACUAUCCUUCUUGAUCAUGCAUUUAUAUUGAUUAAUGAUAUUGGGCCUAAUUUUAAAAGUAGAUAUGUAAACUUUUUUUGUAGCAUCACAGGAACUUUGGCUGUUUCCUAGUACCUCCUCUAUGCAUUAGCUGAAAAAAAAUUGUUUUUAAUGUUAUGCUUGUUUUUUAUUUCUAAAUAAUUAAGGUUUCUUUCAGAAUUGCCAUGGCAAACUUUGUCUGAAAAGAUGAGUCACUUGUUUAACUUUCAUCUUGUUGGUGCAUCCUAUAAUUAAAAACGUAGUGAUAGUCUUGUUGUUAACCAGUCAGUUGCUGUUCACAAUUAUUUUUCUCCCACUGUACUUUAAUUGUGGUUUAAUACUUAUACUUGGAAAUAGCCAGAAAAUAGAUUAUGUAGAAGUUGUCACUGCUCAACAGAUGACUGCAAAAGAGUAUUUGUUCAUUGAUAUUCCAGGUUUUGGUAGCUUCUUUCUUAAGAAGUUACAUGUGUAGUCAAGAGCCUUGAUAUUCAAGGACCUUAAGGUAGAGACUGCCUGUAAUAAUGAUCUAAUCCAUUCUUUCAUUGGAGAAUUAGCCAUUGUGGAAAACUGAUACUGGUUGUAAAUGUAACUCUAUGUCAGAAGUGUGUUUUUUCUGUUUGUUAGGUAAGUGCUAUCCAUAAUAUUCUAGGAUCAUCCAUUUUUAAUACACAUUUAAUUUUUCACUCUACUUUUCCUUCAAAACACUGAAUAAUUUUAUGCCAAUUUGAGUUUUUAUUUUAUUUUUUUCAUACAUUUUGAGUGCCAGCCAGUCAUACUAAUAGAAUCUUUGUAUGUUAUUUAUUUAUUUAUUUUUGCUGUAGUUUUGUUUUUAAUUUAGUUCAAUGUUUUGGGCAUGUAAUACUGAUGAUUUCAAUUAUUCAAAAAUUUAAUGUUGUUGAAAACUUAAAAUACAGACUUGUAUGUGUUAAAAAGGUAUGAAAAGUGUUAAGUAUUAAACUGUGUGUAGAGUAAACUGUUUAGUUCCAAUAAAAUGUGUUUCAUGUGGUACAAUUUAGUACAAUUAAUAUAAUACCCAAGCUAGUUCAUGUUAAAAUAACCUUUGCUUUGAUUUAAGUCUUUCAUGGGUAAAACGUUAUGGUGUGCAUUAUAUACUAUUAAAUACAUACAUAGUACAUGGUGUGCACCAUGUAUGCACUAUUAAAUAUUGAAUGAUUACAUAUUAGAUUAUCGUUGUUGGGCUAGAAUACAUUCCUGAAAUUUUUUUAUACUGAAUUUGUUAAAAUACUAAUGAGUUUUGAAACUUGAGAUGUAAUAACAACUUUGUACUUGUAUGUUUGCAACUGAGUUAUGCUAAAUGAAAUUGCUUCCAUUAAUAUAAGUUUCAAAAUGCAAUACAAUAUUUGCCAAGCACUUUAUGAUAAAGGGCCUUUAAAGCUGUUAUCUGUUAAGUAGGUGGCAUUUGUUUUGUACUGUAUGUUUAUACAUAUGUGUGCUUUGUAAUUGCUGAUAUGUGGGGCAUAUUAUGUGUAUGUGUUGAAUUGUGAGGUAGCUAAAAAACAAUGAGUAUUUAUGUGCAUAUUAAAGAGGACCAUCAUUUAUCUACUCUUAGUUCUUCUUAUAAGACUACGUAUUAAACAUAUUUCUAUUUUUAUAUGCUAAAAUAGGUAUUUGUACAUUUACUGUUUCUUACCUUUGUGUGUGUGUUUUAACAAUAAUUUUUUUGCCUCAAGUUUUUCAAAGUGUGUGUAUGUAUAAUUUUCAGUUAUUGCUAUACAUUGUAAGUAGAUAUGGCUGUUUAUUUAGUUAAGUAUGAGUGCAAUUUUUUUUUUUGGUGGUGAACAGUUUCAGUUUGCAGGAUUAUGAUUAUGUACUUUAGUGGUCUCAAAUUGGUGCUUAUGACAAUCUUCAUAAAAUUGAUGCCAUACAAAUACAAACAAGGAAAUUAUGGUUUUCAAUAAUUGUAUGUUGUGUCUCUGUUACCUCCAAGAAAACAAUUGGUGGUGUAACCUACUUAACUGUAGGUCAAAUAUGAAUUUUGUUUUUCUACGCAAUUGAGAAUUCUCAUACAGGGUUUGUCUCUACACCGGACAAUUUGUGUUUAUCAAAUGACAAGGUGUAAAGCUAUGAAUGUUUUCAGUCUAGGUUUUACCUUAGGUAUUGUCGUAGUUUUUGUAAACUGUAACUAACACAUUCCAUUCUUGCCAUGUCUUUCUACUGUUGUCAAUGUGGCCUGUUAAUGAUAGAGAUCACAUGUAAAAUUUGUUUUGUUUAUGUACACAAAAUAAACUUGUAUCAAUGUUA